CAUUCUCACACACAUAAACAGACAUAACAAUAAUUAAACUGUUAUUUAAAAUCCCUUGGAUAAACUGCAGGCUUCGCACAAGCUGAUCAUGGGACUGCUGUAACCUUUGACUCACAGGAUAUCCUGCUUUCCAAAAGUUGUACAUGCAGGCAGAUUUUAUGAGUGUGUGUGUAUGAGUGUGUGAGGUGGAAAGCGUAAUCAACAAUUUAUAGGAGAAGAAGGAAUCGUUUAGCUGGCACGUUAAGGACACGUCCUGAGCGUUACGUUCUCUGUGUUUGUGUGAGUUUUGAUUUCUGAGAGAAAUUUUGUCUGAAGCUCUUCUAGAAAAAUCCAAUGUCUCAAGGGUGCCAAUAAUUCUGAAAUUAACCACACUGUAAAGCUCAUCACACUUAGGGAUCCACCUUUGUGGAUUUUCUAUAUAAAACUGGAUAUACAGUAUUUCUGUCUGGAUGUUUAAGGAGGGCUCAAAUGAUCAGUCAGCCCUGAGUGUGAACGCUAACAGCAUCAAGAUUACCGACGUUACUCAGGAUGGAGACGCGCUAACCUUCGCCAUCACAUCUCAGAAGCUGAGCAGUGAUAAUGGGAGCUGCGUCUUUAGGACCUAUGAAGAUUUUGACUGGCUGCAGCAGAGUCUUUUCUCUCAGGAGGACAUUGCAGGACUCCAUGGAGUGAUAUUUCCUCCUCUUCCAGCCAAACCGCUGCCUUCCAGCUCGCACACCCAAGCUAAAGCUCUCAAACUCCUGGGAUUCCUGGCUCUGGGUGAUAACUGGCAGCUUUACUGUAAGGCUUUAGAGUUUUACCUGCAGCAGGUGGCAGCACACAGCAUCCUGGGAAAAAGCAAACUGCUGCCCAGCUUCCUCAGCAGCACUGAGUCACCCGGUAAUCAGCGCAGCAAAAAGAGCAUCUUAGAUCGCUUUAGUCAUGCUGUGGAGGAAAUGAGGAAGGAGAGUCACAAGGACGUGGACCAAUUCUUUCAAAACGAGAGAGAAAGCAGCACACACAUGACGGUUCUGUUUAAAGCUACCACAGAGAAAUUCCUCGACAUCGUGCUGGCGAAUCAGAGGCUUUCUUUGGCAUGUGGUCAUUUCUCCACGUCAUUACGUCUCUGUCUUUCUCAGGAUGAUCUGUCUGUUGUGGCCUCUAAGAUUUAUCUGAAACUGUCAGACAUAAUGGAUGCAGUGAAAAGCAACCUUGACAAAGUGUCUGAGAACGAUGUGUGCACCUUGGGGUUGGGUUUGGAUUUUGAGUCUCGCUACCAAGAGGCAAAGAGAGAGAUGUUGUUCAGAAGAACCUGUAAACUAGUGGAACUGGAAGCCAUUAUUAAGAACGCAGAAAAAGCCAAACCCAAUAAGAAAGUAGUUAUGGAGAAAAUUCAGACCAUCACACAGAAAGAGUUUAAUCUCAUCUCAUCAGUGGCCAAGGAAGAGAUCGAGUGGUACCAUAAAGCACGUGUGAUCGUGUUGCGAGACUUUCUGACCCGCUGGUGUGAGAAGCAGCUGCACACAGCCAGGGAAUCUGCCGCUCUCUUCUCUCAGCACCUGGAGGCUUGUAGACAAUUUCCUGUCUAAUACAACAUCCCUUUAAACCAAUUACUGCUCACUGUUAAACCGGUGUUAAACCCAUCUGAUUUUCUCCCAGAAUUGUCCUGGAUUGUUAUUUCUCUGGAAUGUAAUUAAUGGACACUGAAAAAAACGAGUGAUUUCAUGUGUGUUACACUUUACGACAUGGAAAAUAAAAAAGAACACAAAUGAUAAAUAUCAUUAGGUUGGAAUCACUAAAACAGUUCACCGCUUAACAACCCAGCUGAUGAAUUCUUAAAUCUGAUUGGUCAGAAGGUGUUGAUUGAUUUUCUAGAAAUGCAGCUCUGAUAGAAGGUUACAGUUAAGGGAACAUUAACAUGUUGUUUCUGUAUAAUGUGGGAACUCGUACGGAUUAAAAACGUGCAAAGGAAUCGCUGAAACCCAACUCGCACCAUAAGGGUGUCUGCCAAAUGCUGUAGAUGAAAAUGAAAAUGUAAAUAAUUCCGAUUGAAGGUCUUCGUUUCUAUAGUAACAGCUCAAUCACAAAGGGUUCGAACUGAAGACUACUGUAUAUACGGUGAAGGUUUUAACAAGGAGGUGUUUGUGUGAUGUUUACGGAAGGAGUCUCCAGUUUCAGCGCUUUGAAACGGUCCGAGGUGAAAACGAGAUUUAUUUAUUUAUUUUAAGUUUGCUGUGGCGUAAGAGGAAUAAAACACUUCAGGCUGUUCUUUAGUGUUGUAACAGUAACGCUGCUUCGUCACACCACACCGAUGAUUAUUGAUUAUUUUCCCAUAUCUGACCUCUGCCAAUAAACAGUGUACAUGAAAAUUAGACUAAAAAUAAUUUCCUGAUAGGAAAAUGCUCUCUUUUAUCAUUCUAUGUAGAAUCCUUAAGGGCAACCUGAGUACCGCUAGAUCGUUUACUUGUAAUAAAAUAAUAGAAACAAACAAAAAAACGGUCCAAAAUGAGGACAAAAACAAAACGAGUUGAACCAAGCAUAAAUUUAUUGCAGACAGUAUAUAUGACCAGACAAUCUGAGCCUUACUACAGUACACAC